AUGUCUUCAAAAAUUGGUUCUUUUGCUCUCCUGGAACCCAAUCACACUUCCACUCAGCCUUUGGCCUUCCUGCUCACUGGUGUGCCAGGGCUGGAGGCAGUCCAUGUGUGGAUCUCCAUCCCCUUUUUCCUCAUGUAUCUUCUGGCUGUGGUGGGUAAUGCGCUGGUGAUGGUGGUGGUAGCUGGGGACCGGAAUCUCCAUGAACCCAUGUACCUCUUCUUGGCUAUGUUGGCACUCAAUGAUAUCAUCCUCUGCACAGUCACUGUCCCCAAAAUGCUUGUUAUCUUCUGGAAGGGUCCAACUACAUCUACUUUUGCAGCCUGCCUCACUCAGAUGUUCUUUGUUCACGCUUUGUUCCUCUCAGAGUCAGCUGUACUCCUUGCCAUGGCUUAUGACCGCUACGUUGCCAUCUGUACCCCUCUCCACUAUACUUCGCUACUCACUACUUCUAUCAUUGGAAAGAUGGGGUUGGUCCUAGUGGCUCGGAGUGUGGUUGUGGUUAUUCCUGGUGUCCUCCUCAUCCUCCGCCUGCCAUUUUGCCGGACCAAUGUCAUCCCUCACACCUACUGUGAGAACAUGGGCAUAGCCAAGCUGGCCUGUGCCAGUAUCACACUCAAUAGUGUCUAUGGACUUACAGCAGCAUUCCUUACCACAGGCCUGGACUUCAUCCUCAUUGCUGUCUCCUACGGGCUAAUCUUCAGAGCAAUAUUGGGACUGUCCUCAGGUGAAGCCCGGGCAAAGGCCUUUGGAACAUGUGGGACACAUAUUUGUGUUAUCCUCGUUUUCUACACCUUGGCCUUCUUUUCUUUCUUCACUCACCGCUUUGGUCCCCAUGUUCCCCAUCAUGCCCACAUCCUUCUUGCCAACCUUUAUCUGCUGGUGCCCCCUACGAUGAACCCCAUUGUCUAUGGGGUGAGGACCACAGAGAUACGAGUGCGAGUACUAGGACUUUUCCACCUUACAAAAUCUUGUUAA